UGUUACCAGAAAAUAGUACAACAUUCCUGACUGCCAUUAACAGCACUAAUGCAACUAAAAAUGUAGAACUCAAAGUUACCACAGGGUGUGUCUACCCGGCUGACAGCGUCCAGUUCGAAUGGUUAUAUUACAAGGAAGGCGAAGAUCCAAUACCUUACACGUUUGGAGACCAGGUCGACGGUCCGGCUAAUGAUUCUACGACUGACUGUACAAGUGGGGACUGUGGGGGUGACGAGGUCAAACAACUCGAAAGUACACUCACUUUCGAGCAUGAUGAUGAAGGGGAGGACUUCUUUUUCCAGGCUGUUGUUAAAUCGACUGAUACCACGGAUACAAUCGUCUUAAAUGUGAACUCUACAUAUAAAUUCAAAGUUUCAGGAAGGAUAAUCUCAACAGUGUUCAGUGGCCUCGGCACAAAAGUUGGUCUCGUCGUAACGUUAGCUCUGAUCGGGGUUGUUAUCGUAGUCAUCACCGUCAUCAUCUUUGUCGUCCUCGUUGCUAGGAGCAAAAAUGAUCCCGAAAAGCACCGAAUCUUGGGAAACUAAGUUAAUGAAGACAUAGAUGUUAAAUUAAUUCUUGAUUCUUUUUCUUUAUCACUUUUAUUAUAUCUUUCUUCUUUUGUUUGCCUUUCCUAUAUCAAAUGUUUGUUUUCUGUAUCAAUAUUACCAAUGUCGUAUGUAUCCUUAAUCAAACUUUUUUGUUUUGUUUUUAAUCUGAAUGUAAAGCUUUUACCUUUAUAGAUAAACAAAAGAUUACAUUAUAUGUAGUCAUGGUAGAUAUUAAUAUGUAGUAAUUAUAAAGAUUUAGAAUAACAGGUGGGUUUUGAAGUAUAUUUGUGUAACAAUAUGUUAUAGUUAGUAGCAUUUCUAAUAUUAAAGAUUAUUUACUCUAA